AUGUCAGAUCGAUCUUCACCACCGGUACCCGAGCCGACUACUCCGUUCUGGAGGACAGCCACUCACCCGCUGGACCGCCAUCGCAGCACAUCCGACCUGCCAUCUAAAUGUGAUAUUGUCAUUGUUGGAGCAGGCUUUGCAGGGGCAGCCCUUGCACAUUUUUUGUACAAAAGCAAUCCUUCUCCCCCGUCAGUCGUGAUUCUGGAAGCCAGAGAGGCAUGCUCAGGAGCCACAGCACGCAAUGGUGGCCAUUUGAAGCCUGAUAUAUAUUUCAAUAUCCCAAAGCAUAUAAAAAAAUACGGCGCUCGCGCCGCAGCUGAGGUUGCUCAGUUUGAGACAUCCCAGGUUCUAGCAGUCAAAGAACUUGUGGAACAAGAGAAGAUCGAAUGUGAUUUUGUCCUCACCCGAGCUUGUGACGUAUUUCUAGAAGAGAAGCUGGCCAAGGAGACUGAAGUCGCUUUUACUGAUUUGGCUAAAUCUGGAAAAGCGGAUUUGAAAGACGUUCAUUUUACACCCCGAUGUGAUGCAGAGCGGGUGUCAAGGGGGGCUUUGAACUGCUUCACAUUCACUGCCGGUCAUAUCUGGCCUUACAAAAUGGUGAUGCACCUUCUGGAGGGCGUUGUUAAGAAAGGUGCAAACCUUCAGACUAUGACACCGGUCACACAUAUCGCUGAGACCCCAGGUUCCGAUGGGAAAUGGCUAGUUACGACUGAAAGAGGGGGUAUCAAGGCCUGCAAGGUGCUCCUAGCCACGAAUGCAUACUCAUCUCACUUGGCACCACAGUUCACAAAUCACAUUAUUCCUGUCCGCGGAAUAUGCAGUCGCAUUGUCGUGCCUGAAAACAAAGUUGCCACUUUUUUGCCUCAGACAUACAGUAUCCGCCAUGGUGAUGCGAUGUAUGACUAUCUUAUCCCACGCCCGGACGGCAGCAUUAUAGUUGGAGGUGCAAAGCCGCCGUUCUGGUCAGACAGUUCCCAUUGGUAUGGCGUGACUGAUGAUAGCAAACUCAUCGAGCCAGCCAAAUCAUGGUUCGAUGGGCUCAUGCAAAGAACCUUUAUUGGGUGGGAGAACAGUGGUGCUUAUACUGAUAGAGUCUGGACAGGGAUCAUGGGAUAUAGUUCUGAUUUCAUGCCAUAUGUCGGUGAAGUGCCUGGCAAACAAAACCAAAUGAUCUUGGCAGGCUUCUCGGGCCAUGGUAUGCCAUUGAUUCUUCUUUGUGCCAAGGCUAUUGCAGAAAUGGUACGCAAUGGAACGCCAUUCGAAGAUACGGGAGUUCCUUCAGUGUUUCGAGUGACUGAAGAGAGACUCACAAGCACCAGAAAUGAGGUCUUGGAGGAAAUUCAGAAACAAGACGCACGAAGCAGACUCUAG